AGACACUACCAGAGACAAGUCACAGAGACACAGGAACUUAAAGUAUGUCAGAAAACAAGAGACGCGGGCGUGAAGCAGUUACAUAAAGAAAAAGAACAUGCACAGAAGAUGGAAGAUCACCUACAAAUGUUAGAACUAGAAAAUACCUCAUUAUUAGCUACAGUGAAGAAACAAAAGGCAGAAAUAGAACAUCUGCAGAGACAUCUGCAGGACACACAGAAAGACCUGGCCCAGAGUUCAAGUUUGGCACAGACAGCCGUUCAGGAAAAUAAGAAGCUCUGUAAGAAGCACACUGCAGUAAUAACUGAGAUGGAAAACAUGAUUAAGAGGCUGUGGUCAGAAGUCUCCAGUGUUAAAACUUUGAGCGAGUCCAGCCAGAGAGAACUGGGGAAGUACAGGCGAUGCUAUCUGGAAGAACUAAGAAACAAAAACUUCCUACUACAUGAACUAAACAGGACUAACAACAGUCAAGAAGAGUCCCAUACAGAACUUCACAUGAAAUUUGAGCAGAACAUUUCUGCAUCAAAAACACUGAGUACAAGGCUGGUUCAUAAGUGCUCUUGUGUGGAAAAAACUCACCAAUUGGGAAAUGAAGAUGGGGAAAACUUGGCGGUGCCUUCCUCAACCAUAGGAUCUACUCAUGCCUGUAUGGCACACUACCCGUGGAUGUCUGAAAAUGAUAUGAGAGAGCUAAGCAAAGGACUUGGUGACUUAAAACAAUCCGUGCAACUUAGUUUGGAGACGCAGAAAAAGCAAAAUAGCUGCGUAGAAGAACUAGCUGGAAUUGUGAAACCCUUUAAGAUAAUAAAUCAUAAAUGUGAAAUUGGAGAGUGUGGUUCUCACAGAGAUUUUGAAACCUGCCAAUUUGGAAGGAGGACUCCAGUUUCAAUGCAGCAAUACUCAGCACAAACAACAACUAAACCAUACUCAGAAUUCUUGAGAGUCACACAGCUUCAACAAUAAAUGUGAUGGAAACCAAAAUUAGAAGCCUUAAAUCUACACUCUCUAAAU